CGUCAGUAACAUGUAACAUGGCUAGAGCAACACCACCUAGAUAAGUUCGCUAGAGCCACCCUAACAUGGCUUCAGUGUGUCACACCAGCGCCUCUGGUCACACACCACGGUAAUCAUUCUGGGCGGUCCUCGUCAGUGCUGUGGCAGUAGCCGUGAAGCGGCGUCCACCGCUCGUGCUCGGUUGCGAGGCGCAUGCGAUGGAACUCGGCGGGUUGGAGUUCCGCGCGCGCGGCUGUACUGUACGUGAAGCGUGCGGAGUGGUGCUGCGAUAAGCGGCAACCGAUGAGAUAGAUCAUCGCAGCCAUAUCGCAGCGCUGCCUUGCGCUGCACGUGAACGAACCGUCAUCGAGCCGACAUACAGACGCCGCCGAGCACAGCCGUCAUGGACAAGCCGUCGGGGAAGCAGCGACAGAUUGAGACCCUGGUAUUUCUUGACUUGGAGUCGACUGGCCUACCAGAUUUGAUGCCGCGGCGCAAGGUGAAUGUGACCGAGCUGUCGCUGAUUGCUGUGCCACGGAAGCUUCUGCGGAAUCCACUGCGCUGCCUGCACAGGCUCAGCUUUUGUGUGCAGCCGCGGAAUGCAGUUACAGUGGAUGCUGCCGAUAUCACUGGUCUGGACAACUGGGACCUGCAGUGGUGCCCAUCCUUUGGUGAAAUGGCCCAGGUCAUGGAAAAGUUCUUGUACACACUGCAGCCACCCAUCUGCCUAGUGGCGCACAACGGUGACAAGUUUGACUUUCCGCUCCUGCGAGCCGAACUGAAGCAUGCUGCUCCCGGCAUUGACCUGACAGCUUUCUUCUGCUGCGACUCGCUGCCGGCCUUCCGAGAGAUCUUGGGCGAUGCUGCUGACCCUCAGGAAGUGACUGAGGUGAUAGCACUGGGUGAGGUUGGUAAUGAUUUUUGGGAGGCCUUCGAAGCUGCGGACAUUACGUCGGCAAGCGACAGUGACGAGCACCUGCCGUCCCAGCCUGUGGAAAGGCCAACGCAUCAGACACCACCAAAUAAAGCUUCAGCAUCCGAUGGCAUCCCACCUCCGGUGAAAAAGAGACGUGGAGCCCGUGAGGAGAAUGGGCAGCGCCCACAGCAGUGCAAAUUGGUGGCGAGACGCCUUUUCCAGGAUGCUGCUCCUGCAAAUGGCAGUAAUACUUCAUCAACAUCGGCAGUAAAAAAGCCAGUUGCGAAUGGAAAGAAAGUGCAGUUCAAGCUUGGCAAAGUUUACGAGCGUGUUAUGGGAACGGAGAUGCCCUUGGCGCAUGAAGCGGAGGCUGACUGCCGAGCGCUCGCCGAAAUAUGUGCUCGAUUGGGCAGCCGAUUUCUAGAGUAUGUGGAUGCAAAGCACCACAUGCUCCAGAAUGUGACGCCCAUGUGGGAGUAGGGAGGUGGUUUCCAUAUUCUUGGCUGGGCUGUUGCACCUUUGUGCUCCAGCCCAAGAGUGCUCUGUUCCAUGGUGUUGAAGCAGUCAAUGUUUGGUGUUUUGUUAAAAGUACAGAGAUACAGGGGGAACUUAGGGUUAUGUUAUUUUUUGAAACUUAAAAUAAGGUAAAUUAAAAAAUCGGAUAUGCAGUAAAAACUGCGUAAGAAUUUGGCUGAAAAAAAAAAGUAUAAAUUUCAGGGUGCUGAUACAAAGCUGUAUGAUCAGCUUAUCACUGCUACUAAUCAGCAACAUUUGUCACUAAAGGGACACUAAAGGCGAAUAUUAAGUCGACGUUGAUUGUUGAAAUAGCGGUCCAGAAGCCUCGUAGUGCUACUUUUAUGCCAAGGAAGUGCUUAUUUUGAAAUAAAAUCACAUUUUAGUAGUCCGCAUCGCGUUAGCGCACUUCAAAUCACCCGCCUGAAAUCCGACUUUCAUACAUCACUGCUGCCGUGCCCAACAUUGCCCGCCUUUACUGCGCGGCUGCCGACACUAGUAGCAGCACAGCGAAAGUAGCGGGACCCACAGCAGCACUGGCGUUGUGCACCAUUCAGGCAUCCGGCAAUAUCACAUGCAUGCGGCAUUUUGUCGAACUUUCUGUCAGAGCGACUUUCACGAGCGUGCAAAACAUGCGGCAGUAUGCGAUCCCGAAACUACUACUGAGACUCGACCGUGUGAGCGAAGCAGGGCGCCGGGCGAAGCGCAGUUCGGCGAAAACGAAACCUUUGAACCACGUGCGCCGUCCCCCACGGCAACGCCACACAGGUUCUUUUUUCCAUGAAUCAAACGGAAACGAACAAACAGCAUUUUAUUACGUCUUUUGAUGCACGGAAGGUUCUUUUUUUAUUGUUGCUAGUUUGAUUACUAGCGAUUUAUUGUAGGCAGACUCUCAUACGUCAUUGGGAUCACUUCGAAAAUGUCCCACUCGUGGCGCUCAUCAUGUGAUACAUUUAGCUUAAUUUUUCGGUAAGUAAAGCACUGCUGUCGAUAAUAUUGCCGUUUUAGAAGUUGUCAUACAUUGAGCUUUCUCUCUGACAUAAAUUGUUAUUUGCCUUUAGUGUCUCUUUAAUUGCACACUGCUGUACGUACAUCUAGGAGAGUAGUAUAGAGCAAACAGCAUUAUUUAUUUAGAAAAAACACUGUACAAACGCUCAACCCGGUCAUAGAACAUAAAGCUGCACCACAAAGACAUCGCUGUAAUCUAUAGUACUGCUUUAUGCAUGCAUUGAAGCCAAAUGUUUUCUUAAAGGGGCCUGCAGGCACUCAGAAUUGAAAAUUCGCUUUGUAACAUUCAACCAGAAGAAGUUGCGGAAUGUGUGAAAUAUGUAAUUUAGUUUCAGCAUUUUAAAACGACUGAGCACAGCAGCGCAUUUGCUAUUGUAUUUUUGCCACAACCUGUACAUAUGGCUAAAACAACUGCCAUCGAAGGCAAUAUGCGAGCCCAUUUAAGCACUUGCAGCAGUUAGUAGUGUCUCCUUCUUGCCCUGUUUCUGCCUUUUGUUGUGUGUCAAAAGCAUCCUUUGCACUGACAUGUAGGAUAGUCUUUUUCAUCAAAGGCAAGAAGUCUGUGGGUGGCUGCUGGUAUUACUUCCUAUGGACACAAUAUUAAUGAGAACUAACAGACCAUAAUGCCAAGGAAAGUAUAGGAGAUGUUAUUUGUAAUAAUUGGAAUAUAAAUGUGAAGAAAGUGAUGAAUGAUGAAAGAAAGUGAUGAAGAAAGGAAUGUAAAUGUGACGAGCCCUUAAAAAAAGUCAUCUUUCCUUCAUUCCUAUGGACAGUAGGGUAUGUAAUGAGGGCCUGCUAGUUAUCGACAGUAAAACAUGCAUAUCCACUGAGAAACCUACAGCUUUUUCUCGAGUUUAUUUUUCCACAAUUUUUAUGCCUGCUGGUUUACUUUAAAAAUGUAUAUGUCACAUUGAGAUUCGUUUCACUGCUACAAGUGUAGUUAUCUACCAUAAAGAGCAUGGAAUAAUGGGAUGUCGCAUGUGUAUCUGACGUGACCACAAGUGAGCUUCACAUUACAAGAGAAACAAUACUGCCGAAAGUCUGCACCGUUCUAUAUGCACAGUAUUGUAGUAUUUGUGACACAUGAUAACACAUUUUACAGGCCAUGUGUCUGUACAUUUAGGGGAGAUGCUACUUGAAAAACGCACAGUUUUACAAAAGUUAGAUUUUUUAUUUUUACUUAUUUUGUCAGGUUGAGUUUCCCUGCUUUCAUGACGAAAAAAUUACACCAUAUCCCACUAAAGGCAACCAUGUGGGGAUGAAGCAGCGCAUGGGUCGACUUAAAGUUCCGUUCCUCGCGGGCACCUUGCCCGAUGUUAACGUGCCCUAGCAAGUGGAGCACACCAUGAAUUCACUGUAGUUGCUGUUGCUGUUACUCGUCCCGAACUCUUGUUGGAGCACGCCACGCAGGUUCAUCGCGCGUCUGCAGAAUCUCGUUCAGCAGAAUUCAGCGGUUUGCAGAAUCUUGGCAUGCGCUAGCGCGUGCCAGCGUGUUCUGACUAGGAUACAAUGCGUUGGUUCAUCGCGCAUCUGCAGAAUCUCAUUCCCCGAUGCCAUCACGUGAUUGCUGAGAGAGCGUAAGGGGGACAGGCCACAGCGUCUUACCCAGCCCCUUACACAGGCCCAAACGCGCUAGCGCGUGCCAGCACACAUGGUUUUGUCUGCGUUACGCCAAGCUAGGACAGUAUACGGCAGCUCAGGCCCCUUAAGUGCUCUGCACGUAUCAUUAGGGAGCUUUAGCUUGUAACCUUUACUUCUUUACGUUACCGUGUUACAGGAUACCGGAUGGAAUCUGCGCAUGCGUGAACCUUUACGGAACGUAAAGGUUUACGGAACGUAAACUACUCGCCUGAUAGGCUUUACGUUUACGGCCCUAUCUCGCAAAUCCACCUUCGUUCGUGGCUACUCGCGAUAUCCACUUCACGGAGACUCCAGCCGCCGAGUCAAAAUAAGCCGAAGUGCGAGCGCCACUUACGAUCACCUUAUUUCAGCCGGAUUACCGAGGCUAGAGCGAUGUAGAAUACCGAAUCUGCAAAUGUGAGAGGCCUAAAGAUGCUGACAGGCUGGAUAGGUGGCGCCAUCUAGUGGGGCCAAGGUGUACCAGGCGAGCACAAAAUUGUUAUUGCAGAAACAUUGGGCAUUCUACUCCCAAUGUAAAUGCCUUGCAGCGGCAUUAUUACGAAUGAGUUGCCUUUUUAAUAAUUUUUUCCCCUCAAGAACACCAAGUGAAAACAAACGUGUCCAUGAUUGUGGUUGCGAGAAGCGUCACAAGAUGUCGACACCAUCGCCGGGUAACCUGGUAUUGCUACACCCCUUCGCUUAUACCGGGAUACUGCACACGCUAAAAACCUCUCUUAUGAUUUUGCCGCAGCGUAAUUCAAUAUUAUCUAAAUUAAAUGCUGUUAUCAUCACCAUUUAAUUGUUUGCGCCAACGUAAAGGUUUACGUUUGGGCAGCUAAAAAACUACUAAAACUCGAGUUCCUGUAAAACGGUAAACGUAAUCCGGUAACAGUAAUGUAAAGAAGUAUACGUUACAAGCUAAAACUCCCUAUUAUCAAGGCGGUCGAAGAACAAGAGGAAGAAGAUUUCUCCUUGGCGCGAGCGCAUGCUCAGAUGGCCAUGCUAGGUGGUAGAAAGGGGACAGUCGCCAAUGGAACUACAGACACAGCCCCGAGCAAAAGCUGCUUCGCAUCUAAAAAAUCAAAGAUUUUAUUUGAACUGGAAUAGGGUUAAAAUCGCGUAUGAAUAGCACAAUGUGGCUAUUAAAAACUGCAUGAACAUUGUCUAGAGUCUCCUGGCUGACAUCGUAUGACUGUUCGCCAUUGCAAUUCAUGUGAGGAGUUCACCAAGCCACAUGCUCACAAUAACCAUCAUUCCCAAGCUCUCAUGAAGGAAGAAAUAAUUUUAAAAAGCAUAUCAAUGCCACAUAGACAAGCUUUAAAUUUUACAUUUAAAAUGAGUUUUUCUCAAGAUGCAAUUUUCGGCAACUUCUUCAGUUUGGACAUGGUGUUUUUGGUACUUCUGAUGGUCGGAUCUGAACGAAAUUUCCCCCACAUAUUCCUUAACACAUGAAGAGUGCCGUUCUCUUCUUCAAAUUUUGGUAUCGUGAUAUAAUUAUGAAUUUCAAGUUAGUGAUUACUAGGGACUGAACAUUUUAAGACUUCUCAGAUUCUAACUUUUCACGUGCAAUGAGAUAUUUUGCACACACAUUUUUUUGUGAGUCUUUGACAUUAUACAGUUGAUGUGGAGGAAUAUGAGCCAUUUAUGGCUCAUAAAUAUGGAAGUUUAGCGGGAGAAAAAGUGGGUGCAAGAAGAGUUACAUUUUACACAUUGUCAUGAUACAGAAGAAACAUUAUGCAACUCACUAUAAAACUGAUUAGACAUUUGAAAUUAGCAUAAACAACCAUGUAAACAACAAAAAUUUCAUUGUCCUAGACUAUAUAUUAAAAAUAUCUCAAAACCUGUCUUGGGUCCCUUGAGAGCACCGUAAAUGCAUCACGUUAAUAGAAGAUGAGCUUUGAAUGGUUCUUACUUGACUUUAAUAUAAAACACCUUCAAUCACACAGAACCCUAGCUAUUGCUCAGUCUACACAGUCACCGUUCACAUGCAGAUGAACAGAUGCAUUCAAAUGGUCAUUCAAGAAAACGCUGAAUGUCACUGCUUCAACACCUCUUUGCCGCCGGUCUCCCUCUCAGCUCCCAUACCCUCAGGCCAUGCUACUACAUACUACUUGACACUCCUGCGUACUGCACUUCUGCGUAUUGCAGGCAGUACUAACGUUCCCAGUGCACAUAUUGAUCUCAUUGGUACAAUGAGCAUGCCUACAGGAUGGGGUGUUGUUUUUGAUACGUGUCCUCCACAAGUGUGCUCUUUCUCAGCUUUAACUUGCAUCAUUCAUAUCUCAAAACUUGCACAACGAAAAAAUUUUGUCCUUUGUAGCUCGCAGUGUCUGAUGCACCGUUGCAUUUCAGAUAAUGAAUUAAGUUACAAGUGUUUUUCUGUCAAUUUUGUUUCCCAUCCUCACACCUUGACCUUCAUAUACUGAAAUGCCAUCUUUAGACGUUUUCUUUUUUUUGAUUUAUUAUUGCUGGUGCUUUAAGUCGUGCAAGCAUGCUAAAGCUAAAAAAAAUAGUGGCAAGCAUGAAAGAAUUUUAAGUAAUUUGCUGUAAUAGUGUGCUUGUUUCUGUGAACCAAUCCGAAAUUUUACUAAGGAGAUCGGACACAUUGUGACAUCACAAUACAGUGACUUGACAUUCCUGCGAGUGAUUGUUGCAGCUAACACAUGCGAGCACAACUGGGGAAUAGAAAAACAGCACUCUUGUUAACUUUUUUUUUUUUGAGCAAUAUCAUCAUAUCUAUAGUUAUACUAACAAGAGAGAUCAUAACAUCACAACAUUGUUGAUGAAAUGAAGUCUGGCUAUACACUGGACAAAGUUACAAGGUGUUGUGUGUAGGGAGCAUUUUACUGCAAAAUUAUUUGAAGAUGGGUUCAUUAUCGAGAAGAUAAGCGAAAGUGAAAUGUUUCUUUGGCAUGCUUGCCAAGACGGGAGCUUCACUGUCGACAUUCUUUUUGACUUGUGCAGCAUGCAUCCAGUAGUGGCACUGUGUAUUUUACAUUUGUACGACUAAACGAAGUAAGAGUCCAAGGUCAGUUAGGUUGCAGGCAGUGACAGCAGUGACAGAAGCAUUUGUGCAAGCGACCUCGACUACAGUUGGCAAGUGUGGCAGUUUGGGUUAGUUGGUCAUUCCCGACUUCGUAUACCUAGCACACAAUAAAGGAGGACAAAAAAAAAAAAAAAAGAGAGAGAGAGAGAGAGAGAGAGAAAGGCAUAGAGCGCUAUGUGUGUGUUUGUCUUUCUUUUUUGCUGUUCUUCCAUGCACUAUGUAAUACAAAGCCUGGAUGGCGGCAGGGAGUUUCUAGAGAGAAAGCGCUUGCAGGAUUUUCUAAAAAAUUUACAAGCUGUUUUCGUGCCGUGCAUUGUGUUCAUAGCCUUGCAGGCAGGAUCAUAAACACUUGAUCUAGUGGAAAGAAAACAGCGCGAAAGGCGGAACACCAGAAAAAGGAAGAUACAAACUACAGCGCUGUAGCUUGUGUCUUCCUUUUUCUGGUGUUCCGUCUUUCGCACUGCUUUCUUUCUGCAAUGUCGUACCAACACGCCCAAGCAACCACUUUAACUCGAUCUAGACGUCUAUAUUUGCAUUCAUUAUAAAAACAGCGCAGCAACACGAGGACAGAAUGAAAGAAACAACGGGCCAGUGCCCGUCCCGUUAUUUCUUUCAUUCUGUCCUCGCGUUGCUGCGCUGUUGUUAAAAUGAAUGCAAACCAACUUGCCCAAAUUUCCGUUCUCUAAAGUCUAUAUUUGCAAUGCCGAAAUCUGGUGAGGGGCUCUUUAGCUAGCAAGUUAAAACAUUGUAGAGCAAGUGUUGUUUCAUGCGUAAUAUGCCUGAGGCAAAGUUUUUACAAGUCGGAAAAUAUGUCAACAAUUCUUUUUUAAAAAGUCUAUACUGUUCUGCAGAUGGGUCAUGCGUGCAGAAAAUUGCUAAUGUUAAGUAUGGCAAAACUCGUGCACUGUUGACGGGGAUGCAUAAGCAGCUGUGCACACUGCACUCGAUCACAUUGCCUGCACAGUCCCGUGCUUAGAUGGCAAAGGUGCUUUUUUUUUUUCCCCUUGCUCUAUAAGCAGCAGCAAAGGCAAGCAGAUGCAGCCUUCACAAAUAUAUGUUUUGGGUAUUAUUUUUUUGGUUGGAUGGCUCGACUAUGUGCAGAAGUGGUAUGAAACAGCAACAUGCUUUUAAGCUUAAAUGAAUUUCGCGUGGCUUUUACAGGCUUUUUGCCCAUUUUUUCUGUAUGCUUUUUGCUUACACCUUUGAUCGAUGCUCACUCACAUGCAAGUAAAUGCUGUUGUGCAUGUAUUUCACGUUUUUUUUAUGGUUCUCAUGUUUCACGUAUACACUACAAAUGCUUUCGCAUGCGUUUUUUUUUUUAUGUCAGUGCUAGUUAGCCUAUCUUUGUAAUGCUAUUUAUGACUCAUUGGGUCACUGUUUUCAGUAUGUACUAUAUAGUCGGGUGCAACUUUAGAAGGCAGCGGUAUUUUCUCCUCAAUGGUGGGUGAACACGAGCCUGCACCAGUUGGUGUGCAUUUUACGCUGACAUCAUCAGUGGUACUAUUUCUUUAGUAGGCAAUUGGCGGUCGCACAAUGGUCAUCUGGGUGGGGCCUCUCCUGCCUUUUUAAGUUGCAUCCAACUAUAGUUGGCAAAUAUAUUUAUGAUUAUUCACUUUUUGUUGGCAUUGCAGCGGGCAUUUUGGACUAUACCCUUGCUUGUUUUAUUUUGGUAGAUGGUCAGUUGUCACAAUGUCUACAAAAGACAGAAAUAGCCAAAUGUAUUUUCUGACGUAUAUUUUUUGUGGAACGGUGACAGAUGUUGAACAGAUGAACUUUAUUGUUGAUCACAGACCGGUGGAGGUUGUAUGAAUAAAUUUACACCCAUUGGAUGGUACAAUUUCUUCUUUUUGAAAGUGUAAGCGGGGGUCGGAAGCUUUCCACCAUUGUGCAUUAUUGUUUGAGAGCCUCGAUGUAAGUGUUUAUGUUAUUAAAAAAAUUCACCUCUUA